CAGCUUGACACAACCAAAUGACAUAGAAGGGGUAAACAAAACUAACACUUGGGAACUUGAGAGCUAACUAAGGACAAAAUCCCCCUGGCACAUGGUGAGACAUGGUAUGGCCUAAUGAUAUAGGCUCCCAGAUGUAGGCCUCCUCAGCCCUUAGCCUCUACUUUUGCCCAACCAGGAAGGGACUGCACCCAACAGGUCCAGGCUGGAAGGAUAGCUAGCCUUACUGGUUCUAUGCUAAAUUUGCUGGUUAUUCUGUUGUUGUCACGGCUCUACACUUACCUGGCCCAAAUUCUUACACGAUGGGAAAUGCACCGCACCCAGACCAAAUAUGAGGACGCGUUCAUCCUCAAGGUCUUCAUCUUCCAGUUUGUCAACUUCUACUCAUCUCCUGUUUACAUUGCUUUUUUCAAGGGCAGGUUUGUUGGAUAUCCUGGAAACUAUAAUACACUCCUAGGAAUCCGAAAUGAAGAUUGUGGUGCCUCUGGAUGUCUCACUGAACUAGCUCAAGAGCUGUUAGUCAUCAUGGUAGGCAAACAGGUCAUCAGCAACAUCCAGGAAUUUGUCUUGCCUAAAUUAAAGACAUGGUGGCACAGGAGGAAGCUGAAGCCAGCUCCCAGUCAGGAAGUGAUUGAUGAACCAGACAGUGAGCCAGAGCUCAGCCCAUGGGAAGCAAACUAUCAGCUGUUGGUGUGUGAGGGGCUGUUCGAUGAGUAUCUGGAAAUGGUUCUGCAGUUUGGCUUCAUCACCAUCUUUGUAGCAGCCUGUCCCUUGGCUCCAUUGUUUGCUUUGAUAAAUAACUGGGUGGAGCUGCGUCUCGAUGCCCAGAAGUUUGUGUGUGAGUACCGCAGGCCUGUUGUGGAAAGAGCACAAGACAUUGGGAUCUGGCUGACCAUCCUAAAGUUCAUUUCCUACCUGGCUGUCAUCAGUAAUGCUUUCCUGAUUUCCUUCACGUCUGAUUUCCUGCCACGGCUCUAUUAUCGCUACACUACAGGCAGCAUGAGCGGAUACGUCAACUUCACCCUCUCAGUGGCCCCUGCAAACUUCACCCAAAGCAACUUGACAUGCAGAUAUCGAGGCCUCAGGGAUGAUAAAGGACAACCCACACAAGAUUACUAUCAUCUGCUGGCCAUUCGACUGAGUUUCGUCAUUAUAUUUGAGCAUGUUGUUCUCCUGAUUGGGCGUAUUAUUGACUGGAUGGUGCCAGAUAUUCCUGAGGAGGUGGAAAUUAAGAUCAAACGAGAGCAUUACAUGGCCAAAGAAGCACUGGCUGAGAAUCAGUCACUGAGUAGAACCAUUCUUGAAGAAAUGGAGCAGCAGAUCUCUGCGCUGCGAAACAGAGGAAGAGCACAGAGUCCUAACAACAUCUCGUCUCCCUCCAGUCCAUCUCCUGAACAUAAAGACAAACCUGCAGGCUGAUAUUUGACUCUUCUAAUACACCUUUAUACAAUGUAAAGAUGUUUUUGUAAACUGUUGCCUAUUGAAUAUUGAUAACAUAUCUUCUGUCCUUCGUGAGCUGAGAUGAGCUCUAAAGGCAUCCUAUAAUAAUGGUUUAGAGACCUACCCUGCAUCCUAAAUCACACAAGAAUCAAUAAUUGUGUAUCACUCCAAGGUCACAGGGUCGUACAUGAUUAAAGAAGGCCGAAUUAUGUCACUUGCUUGUUGUUGCUGUUUUUAAAAUGUAUAACUAUUGAUGAUAUAUAGUUUGGAGAAAAUAAUGUGGUCUAACAUGUUAGUUUUAGUUAGACUCAAUUGUAAUAGUGUUGCAAAUACUUUCCCGAGUAUUCUCAAAAGAUCAUGACUUUAUGACCUUUAUUUCUUAUAUCGAACUUGUUCAAAACAAAGUUUAUGCUAUAUUUGAGGCCAGAAUGUUCAUAGGGUGACAACAGAGAGACUGAAUGAAGUAUUCAGAUCAGUCCGCACAUCUCCCUUCUCUGGUUAUUGUUUAUUUAAUGUAAAAACUGAAGCAGUUCGGUAUGAAUGAUGAACUUUAACAACUAGACUAGAGUCAUUUUUGUUCAUCUCAAACAUGUGCCACUAAUAAAAGAUGACAAAAGCAGCA